GAUGGGGACAUAAGCACUCCAGAACCUGCCAGAUGAGUUGAGGACUUCCAGGACCUAGGGGACAAACUUCUGGGAACAAGAGUUUUUUUCCUCCACUGAGUGGAGGCUUAUGGGAAUGAUGCUACCAUUUCAGAAGCAGCACUUUCAGUAUCUUCUUGGAAGGAAUAGUAAGAACAGUGCAGGGGAGAUCCAGCUGUAAUGUAACAGAGAGAAAGGAGGGACUGAGAGCUAAGUGAUGUGAGUUUGAGACACCAAGAAGAGUUUCCAUACACUUGAGAAGAGACAAGUGAGAGUGACCUUAUGCAUGUCUAGAGUAUCUGAGGGGAGAGCGCCAGAAGGAUGGAGGGAGGGACCCAGGCUCUUCUCUGUGGUGCUGCACAACAGGACGACAGGCAGCGGGCAGGAACUGAUGCACAGAAAGUUCCACGUGAACAUGAGGAACAACUUUACUGUGCAGGUGCCCGAGCACUGGAGCAGCCAGAGAGGCUGUGGAGUCUCCCUCCUUGGAAAUACUCUAUAAGCGUCUGGAUGCAAUCCUGUGCAUCGUGCUCCGCGACCCUGCUUGAGCAGGGAGGUUGGACCGGGUGGUCUUUUCUAGCCUCGCCCAUUCUGUGAUUUCUUUUAAUGCCAUCUGAAUUACUUCAACCAAUCGCGAUUUCCGCCGCUCCGGCCGGCCGAAGCGCGUUCGCCCCUUCCCUUGUUAUUUUUGCCGCAGAAGGAGUUUCCGGGCGCAGCCUGUUGGGGCGGUGACCGAGCGCUGCCGCCCCGCGCGGAAGCUGGGGCGUUCCUCCAUGUCCAUGGCCUAUCCCUGGGCGGGCGGGCAGGAUGGGGCGGGCCGGGCCCCGCGCCGCCCUCAGGGGCCCGCGCGCGGACAUGGCGGCGCCCGCCUACCCCGCCUGGGUGACCCGCUGGGUGUCGGGGCAGUGGCGGAACAAGAAGCGGCCCCCCACGCUCCGCCCGUCCCGGACGCUGGCGCUGGCCGACAAGGUGGCGAACCGCCGGGAGCAGCCGACGGAGGCAACGUGCAUUACGGAGAUGUCGCUGAUGAUGGCCUGCUGGAAACAGAAUGACUUCAACGACGCACCUUGCGCCAAGGAGAUCAGGAUGUUCUAUGACUGCGUGGCAAAGGCAGAAAAAGAGCGCAAGAGUCAAAAUGAGGACACCCUGUCAUCCAGGGGAAACUUGCCUUCAAGCAAAGUGAACAAGCUGCUGAAGAGGUUUCCUCAGAUCACGCGUUAUGUAUAAUGUACUUUACAGAAGGGACUGUGGACAAGCAAUUAAAAUUGGGAUCUUGGUCAAAAAAAAGGAAAGUCAAGUUGAGUGAUUUUUUUUUGAUGUCAAGUGGUGUGCGGAUCUUGACUGUGCUUUUGAUUCCAGAGCAAAACCCACCCAUCUUGAGUAUCAGCUGGUUUUGUUCAUGAGACUCUUGGGAGAAAUCCAGUGUUAGGAUUUCUGCAGUGUGUUGUUCAACUAGCCUACUUGGGGCCUCCCAUUAAAUAAAACCUUCUAGGCAUACUUGUAAAUGCAUUUCCUAACAGGAUGACUUCUUCACAUGCAAGCUGCUUGUCCAGCUCUGGAGCUGCUAUCAAAAAGUGUUUGGGCUCAUACACUGAGCCAAACUGAUAGUAAUGAUGGUAGUAACUGAUGCUAUGAUGGCUUGUACUCUUACACAAUCUGGUGCCUCUUGAAAGUUUAUUUUAAUUUUCACUGCUGUAAGAAAAGGCUGUAGAAUUUAGAAAAAAAUCUCCAGCAAAAUACCUUGUUAAUAUGUAAUACUUUGGUAAUUAUCAAAUAUAGCUUUAACAUGGAAGUUUGUGGUUUAUACCCUCUGAUUUGCAGGUGGGACAGGUAUGGUGCCACGUAAGUUUGAUUAUUUUGUCUGUACUGCAAUAAAGCAAGGCUGG